AUGCGUCUAAACCCCAGCAAAUGCACUUUCGGGGUGUCUGCUGGAAAGUUCUUGGGUUUCAUGUUGACCUAUCGAGGAAUAGAAGCAAAUCCAGACAAAUGUCGGGCGAUAUUGGAGAUGAAAAGUCCCACUAAGUUGAAGGAUGUCCAAUGCUUAGUCGGACGUCUCACAGCCCUCUCGCGAUUCAUACCGAUGCUUUCUGAUCAUAUCAAACCUAUCCUAAAGAGCAUGAAAAAGGAUGUACCUCGGCAUUGGGAUAACGAUUGCGAAGAAGCCUUCUCUAAGGUAAAAAGCAUUCUGAUCAGUCCACCUAUCAUGGCUCGCCCAACUGAGGGGUUCGAGUUACAACUCUACUUGGCUGCAUCCAACCACUCAGUAAGUGCAGCUCUCAUCCAAGAAAGUCCAGACUUUAAGCUGAUAUACUUUAUCAGCCGAACCUUGCAAGGAGCAGAGGAAAGAUAUUCUCAGGAGGAAAAGGCGAUCGAGCUAUCUGAAUUCGGUCUACGAUAUGAACCGCAAGGUUCCGUUAAAGGCCAGCACCUGGCUGAUUUUGCAGCUGAAGUCUACCGUCCGGGGGAACCAAACAUUUGGCAUCUAAAUGUAGAUGGAUCUUCAGAUAGAAGAGGAGGAGGAGCUGGCAUUGUACUCGAAGGACCGGACGACCUACUGGUCGAACAGGCGGUCAGCUUUAACUUCCAACUUAGCAAUAACCAGGCAGAAUAUGAAGCUCUCAUUAGUGGAUUAUUACUGGCCAAAGAGUUGGAAGUCAAUCAUCUGGAAUGCAGAAUGAGUUCUCAACUAGUUGUUGGACAGCUCAAUAGAACUUUCCAGGUCAAGGACGAUCAUCUGCUACGCUAUUAUCACAAGGUUAGUGAUUCAAUCAAAUCAUUUACCAAUUUUUCUGUUACCCACAUACCCAGGGCACAAAAUUCCCGGGCGGAUCUGUUAUUGAAGUUGACCCACUCCCGCGAGAAGUCGCAACUCUCUUCGGUAAUCAAAACCACACUGCAUAAGUCGUUGUUGGAAACAUAUACCACUAACGUGGUUGCACCACGAACUGAUUGGUGGCAAGACAUAAUUCAACUGAUGGUUCAACAAGAGCAGGGCGGACGGGUCAGUAUCACUUAUUCUAAACGAAUCGUCCGUUACAUGUUCGUGGGUGAUGAUUUGUACCGGCGAGGUUAUACUACCUUGUUGCUGAAAUGUCUGUCCGACGAAGAAGCCAAGUAUGUCAUGCAAGAAUUACAUCAUGGCGUUUGUGGUUCACACUCAGGAAAAAGGAUGCUGAGGGCCAAGAUUCUACGACCCGGCUUUUACUGGCCCUCUAUGGAGCAAGAUUGUGCGACAUUCAUACAGAAGUGUAUCUCCUACCAGUCUCACGGACAUAACUUACGAAUUCCUCCUUCUGAACUACGUGAAAUCAUCUCCCUGUGGCCCUUCGCGCAGUGGGGAAUGGAUAUAGCCGGCCCGCUACCGGUCGGCAAAGCACAAUGCAAAUACCUUUUGGUAGCGAUCGAUUACUUCACCAAAUGGAUUGAAGCAGAGGCCCUCACAAUUAUAAGUGCUCAAAAGGCAGCCAACAAAGCCAUUAUUUCCGAGUUAAAGAAGAGACUUGGGCGUGCUAAAGGGUUAUGGGUCGAAGAGUUGCCUGAAGUGCUUUGGGCAUACAGAUGCACACCGCACGGUUUAACGGGCGAAACUCCCUUCAACCUCACUUAUGGCACAGAUGCCAUGCUUCCGGUCGAGGUUGGCGAACCGACUAUACGACGAGAGAUGCAAGACAUGAACCUCAAUGAAAACCAGCUGAGGGUUAACCUAGACACUCUACCCGAACGACGUGAAGUGGCCAUGAUACGAAAGAGAUACUCGUGCGGCGAUACAACACGAAGUCAAGCCACGUAA